UUCAACUUACUUCUAACAAAAAAUGAAGAUUUCCUACACCUCAAACCGAUUCCUCCUGUUCAUCAUCUUCACUGCAUGCUUAUGUUUAUACUUUGCUAUUCAAAAGAAAAAUCCUGAUGAAAAUGAAGAUAUCUUAAUUAUACCUUCAAAAUUUGAGAUCCCAACGAGUAAGUACACCUCCGUAUCGAGUCUUAUACUUGAUAAGCUUCCUAAUGAAGAUGAUGUUAUAGAAUUAUUUCAAGUAUGGAAGAAAGAACAUGGACGAGUUUACAAGGAUCUAGGAGAGAUGGUAAGGAAAUUUGAAAUUUUUGUUUCAAAUUUGGAGUAUAUCGUAGAGAGUAAUGCAAAGAGAGAGUCACCUCAUAGCUCCGUUGUUGGUCUGAACAACUUUGCUGAUGUGAGCUCCACGGAGUUCAGAGAAAAAUACAUGACCUUAAAGACUGACGCCAUGGAUAUUUUGAACGAUGAUGAUAAUGUUGAGGACGUAACAUGUAGCAAUCCACCUGCAACCUUGGACUGGAGGGCGAAUGGAGCUGUCACUCCUGUUAAGGAUCAAGGCGAGUGUGGUUCUUGUUGGGCAUUCUCAUCUGUUGCCGCAAUUGAAGGAAUAGUUCAAAUAAAGACAGGGACGUUUGUUAGCCUUUCAGAGCAAGAGCUUCUAGAUUGUGUAAAAGAUGGAGAUUGUGAUGGAGGAUUUGUGCCCUAUGCAUUGGAUUGGGUACAAAAACACAGCGGUGUUGCAUCACAAGCUGAUUAUCCUUAUACGGCUAGCAAGGGUGUUGUUUGCAAAGCCUCCGAGAUUCAAACCAGUGCAAAUAGUAAUAUUGAUUCACAGCAGGCUGUGCUGAAAUCAGACAGGGGACUAUUGUGUGCAGUUGCUAAGCAGCCUGUUAUUGUUGGUAUUUAUGCAGACUCACCCUCAUUUCAACAUUACACCGGUGGAAUAUUUAGAGGUGAAGAUUGUCCCUUGGAUCCUAAGAACGUAACUCACGGCAUGCUAAUAGUGGGUUAUAAUUCCUUAAACGGUGAAGAUUACUGGAUUGUGAAGAACUCACAUGCGACAACAUGGGGAAUACAGGGUUAUAUGUGGAUCAAAAGGGACUAUAGUAAACGGUAUGGAGUGUGUGGAAUCAAUGCACAUGCUACUAUUCCAAUCAAAUAUUAAAAGGUUACAUUUGAAGAAUAAGUUAAACCAAGGUUUAUGGUUUUAUGAGUCUAGAGUUUGUUAUGUGGUUAUUCCAAUCAAAUAUUAAAAGUUAAACCAAGGUUUAUGGUUUUAGGAGUCUAGAGUUUGUUAUGUGGUUAUUCCAAUCAAAUAUUAAAAGGUUACAUUUGAAGAAUAUGUUAAACCAAGGUUUAUGGUUUUAUGAGUCUAGAGUUUCUUAUGUGGUUAUUCUUAUAUUGUUUUGAAUAUGCUAAUUCUCUUCUAUCAUGAUUGUUGUUCUUGAUGUAACAUAGCAAUGAUGAUAAUAAAAUAGUUGGUAUUUGUGGUUA